UUUACGAGUUGGCCAAGUAACCGGAGAUACAGGGUCGUUUGCGCGCCGAAUUGUUGGAAGCGCUAACAAAAGGCAAUGGCUCGGUUGACUAUGACACCAUCAAUGCACUGCCGUAUCUGCGCAUGAUUGUCGAUGAAGUUUUGCGUCUGUAUCCGCCUACCUCCUUUCUCGAUCGACGCUGCACCGCCGAAUUGGGUUACGAAGUAGAUCAUCAAAGUAGAUGAUAUCGUUUUUUGUAUUGGGUGGUCCCGGUGCUGGUAAAGGGACACAAUGCUCCAAAAUUGUAGAACGUUACCAAUUUGUACAUCUCUCUGCGGGCGAUUUGUUACGGGAGGAACGUGCAUGCCAGGGUUCUGAAUAUGGUACGCUAAUUGAAGACUACAUACGCAAUGGUAAAAUUGUACCCGUUGAAAUGACCUGCUCGCUGCUCGAGAAAGCGAUGCAGAACUUUGGCCAACAAAAAUUCCUUAUUGAUGGUUUCCCACGCAAUCAAGAUAAUUUCGAUGGUUGGACACGACAGAUGGGAGAUAAAGUAGGUUUCCAAUAUUUAAUAAAUCUGAGGCAAGCUGUUUUGCAGGACAAAGAACGAAAUAUGGAAGAAUUAUUGAAAAUAGUUGAAGCUAGUCAUGAAUUUUGCGAUGAGCUACAUCAGUUGAAAGAGAAAUUCAUAAAGCGGUUAUCCGACUUAAAUGAAAGCUAUACAGCCGAAUCUGUCCCUGAAAAAACUUCGCCGUCUCGCAUUUCGGCACGUACUAGUAACUCUAAACUUCUGGCCACGGUUGUAGCCAUGGAAGCGGCAAUUGACGAUGCCAUUGUGCAAACUCCACAAAUGAAUCCCACGUCAGUCCCAAGUAGCGCCAAAGUUCCGAAUACGGAGCCAACUGAGGUCCAAUUAAUGCCUCCACCGCCGGCGCCUCUUGCGCCUGCACCGAAUGAUAUAUUGCAAUCCAGUUGCAUUGAAACUUCAUUUGUAAGGCCACAACGUGCUGCCAAAUUGAAAUCAGAGAAGAACUUAAAGGGACCGAGACUUAACAAUACAUUACGUCGACCGAGCAGUUGCGAUACCAGUAGGGUGAAGUUAGAGCAUGAACAAUACCCUUCACAAAUGCAUCAAGUUGAUGAAGCAUCAGCAACUAACAGGGAUAGUACCAAGUCUACUGCGAGCGUCAGAUCUGAAGAUGGGGUGGUGGCCAUACCAACAAACAUGGAUUUGUCCUUCGAAGAGAGUCAGCUGGAUUUUUCCUUUGGUCAAUCCCAGGCUUUGGUUACACCCCCAGUGUAUAAACUUUACAAAAAGAAAUUUCAGCUGGAUUCGGCCUACGAUACGAGAGACCUAAGCAAAGAAACACAAAAAGAUUUCAAUACAGGUAACUUUACCUCGUUGAAAGUAUUCGCUUAG